AUGUCGAAGCUCUCGGAGCCGUUGAAAGCGCUCAUCAACGCCGCCCAUGCCCUGCCCGGCACGCUCCAAGCCCCGCCGUCGAUCCGGUCGACGUAUUCCCGGAUAGCAGCCAGCGCGCGAGAUAAAGGCGUCGGCAUCCCCGCCUGGGUCACGUUCUCCACGGCGGCGACCAUGACGAUGAACUCGCCUUCGUCCAUGGUGGAACUGUUCCACCUGACCCAGACGCUGCCGUCGGCGCCCUCGCCCGCGGACACGGCCGGGCUGAUGCGCGAGGUCGGGCUCAAGUGCAUCUCGUUCAACGGCAUCCCGCGCUCGAUCAACUGCCUGGGGGCCUUCCGCGAAGGCAUGCCCAAGGACGUGUUUGACAAGAUCCCGCCUCCGGUGUCGCGGCGACUGACGGCCCAGAACAUCGACGAGUCGCUGGCCCGCGGCCGCCGGCUCUGGGACUCGGUGUACCGCCCCUUCGAGGAGAAGCUGCUCGACAAGCUGGCCCAGUCGCACCCAAACCUGCCCGUCCACAUCCUCAACGGCCACUAUUCGAAUCUGCUCGCGGACCCGCCCUCCGACGCGCCCCUGCAGGUCGGCAGGGUCUUGACCUCCCUGGCCGCCAUCGCGUGCCUCCGCGCCCAGACGGGCGUGGGUCCCCAGGUGGUGAGCCACGUCUUCGGUCUGCGCAAGGCGUACCAGGACGGCAGUGCCGAGAAGGACAUCGAGGGCGGCGAGUGGCUCGCCUCGGACGAAGGGAACCAGUGGAUAUUGAACUGCAUCGACGAGAUUGUCCGCGAUCUGAAUCAGGGCAGAGGCACGACAUUUGCGCCGGGCAUGGGGGGCAAUGAGGAAAAGCUAAAGGCCAAGUUGUAG